AAGCCUAAAAACCUCAACUCAUUUGUAUUCCCCGGUCUCCACCAUUUAUGCGCCAUCCAAACAGAAGGACUUGCAAUUUGGGACGGUGCGCAGCAAAAAGAGUUCCGCUCAAACCCCUUCCUCUUCGUUGUCACUGCGGAUGGCCCUGGGAUGGCAUUCUUGACCGGCCUUGUAGGUCAUCAUGGCAAGAUGGGAUGCCGUCUUUACUGCGGA